UGCAUAACGUCGAUAUAUGGAACGUGAUCGAGGCAUUUCGAGAGAAUGGUCUGAAUACGCUGGAACCAUCGAGCACCUUGGGAGUAUCCAGACUCGAAACACUACUGUCUUCCUUGUUUCACGCACUGAACAAGAGAGUACCAGUAUCGCAACAGGCUAAAGUUGACGCUACUACAGCAUUGUUGAUGAACUGGUUGCUGGCUGCUUAUACCAGCGGAGAGAACAAUAAGAUAUCCGUGUUCUCGGUGAAGGUGGCCCUGGCAACAUUAUGCGCGGGAAAGCUCAUGGACAAAUUUCGAUAUAUAUACUCGCAAAUAUCUGAUAGCAAUGGACAUAUGAUACACUGGAGGUUCGCUGAUUAUCUGAAAGAAGUUCUAGCUUUAACUGCGGCGGUCUAUGAGUCCCCGUCGUUUGGAUAUUCCGACGAUCUUGCUAGCUGUAUUUUUCCCACGAACUCCAAAGUCACCGUAAACGACUUCCUGGAUACACUUAUGUCAGAUCCUGGACCACACUGCUUAAUCUGGUUGCCGUUGUAUCACAGAAUGGCGGCCGUGGAAACAGUUGCUCAUCCUAUUAUGUGCGACGCUUGUCACAAAGAAAACUUCACCGGGUUCCGCUACAGAUGUCAGAAGUGCCAUUCGUAUCAGCUAUGUCAAGACUGUUUCUGGCGUGGUAAAGUUUCAGGAACACACAAUAAUGAUCAUGAAACGAGGGAGUAUAGCAGCUUUAAAUCACCAAGCAAGCAGAUUGGCCAUUCUCUGCGAAAGAGUUUCAGAUGUGUUCCUGAGAAGGGAAAGAACAGCCUACCGCGGUUCCCGGAACAACCUGAGAAAACGUUAGAUCUAUCGCACAUAGUCCCACCGUCACCUUUACCAUCUCACAAUGGUUUUCCAGAUCCAGGGUUUAUGGCCCCCUUUGAUUCAGGAUCGGUGGAUAGUCGUUCAACUCUGAGAAGUAUGGACAGUUCAAGACUGGAUGAUGAACAUAAAUUAAUAGCACGAUAUGCACAAAGGUUGGCACAAGAAGCUAGGACCGUGCCUCGUACUGCGUCCAGAAUGUCCCAGGCAGAUCAAGCAGGUCGAGCACCGUCAGACGUGAAUCUGGCAUCGUUAGAUGCGUCGCGGGCGCAGCGUGAGCUUAUAUCGCAGUUGGAGGCAAAGAACAAGGAGAUAAUGCGCGAGAUAGCAAGGUUAAGAAGACAACAGGAGAUAGAAGCUGCGGGUUUAGAAAAUCCGGCACUAAUGUCAGAAUUGCGAGCUUUGAGGCAGCGGAAGGACGAACUAGAAACGCAUCUGGCGACGUUGCAAGAUUCCAGAAGGCAACUAAUGGUGCAGUUGGAAGGUUUAAUGAAAAUGCUAAAGAAUCAUCAGGCAUCGCCACGAUCAACCCCAAACAGUUCACCACGAAGUACGAAGUCACCGCCUUUGCCACUUGGUGCAAUACCGAACAGCAGAUCAGCACCACCGACUCCCGGUGGGCCCUUGUCUACACCUCAACAACAGCAACAACAACAACAGCAAAUGCAGCAGCAGCAGCAGCAAAUGCCGCAACAAAUGUCUCAGAGCUAUCAAAAUCCCAUACCGACAACAACGGUGGCUAACGUGCAGGGCAACGCUAUGCUCGGCACGAUACAGAAUCCCAUUCCAGAUAGCUUGUCGUGUGUUGGCGGCGAUGUAAGGUCUGCGUUCAGGACAAACAGCUUACCAGGGAGCGGUUCCAGCAGUGCCAAUAAUAGUUUGGGCCGAUCCUUAAGAAACGACUUACUGGUAGCUGCCGACAGCGUUACUAAUGCCAUGUCAACGCUUGUGAGGGAAUUAAAUUCAGACUCAGACCAGGAGGACCAUUCUCACAACUCGGGGCUAAUGAACAUCAGAAAACCGUUAGAUUUUGAAGCCGGUGAGGAUGGCGAUGAUAGCAGCGGCGGUGGAAAUUCCUGGCGAGAGGAACUGCAACGACGUUAUCAGCAGGAGAAUGACUUUUUGGCGGAAUUGCGAUCUCGUAAUAGCAUACCGCAAACACCGUCGGCUACGUUGUCUAGCGAACAGGAGCAGGAAAGAGGCGAGAGAGAGGAAGCAGACGGUGAGAAGGAAGAUGAAGAUGAAGCCAAUUGGGCAGAAGCAGUGAAGAGAUGGGUCAAUCGAUAAACUGAUUCAACAAGAAGUAUCACAGAUGGUAAAUGUGACAAAAUACGAGUUUAAGAAAUUCAGUGAAAAAAAUUGAGAGAACGAUUGAAUCACAUACACACUGUGGACUACUAUUUCGAUAUUAUAGUAUACACUUGUAAUCUUAGGGAGAAUUGGAUGUUGUGCGAUUUUUUGAAAAACCUAUGCAUUUUGUAAGACGUAUAUGUACUUGCAGUCGAAAAACAACGCGAAAAUCGACGAACGAAUUGCACGAAAGUCAUGAAGAUUUUCAUGUAUAUGAAAUCAAGUACCGUUAUUCAUUCUUACAAUUA